AUGGAUGAAAUUCUCGCAAAGGCUGGCAGCCAGGCAGUAACUUUUGCCAUCAGAUCCGGCAUCUCAAUCGCCUCUAGUUAUGCCAUUAAAACAGUGGCGACAUUUGUGCAGAAGAUACCAGAAAGCGACGCCACCAGGCUUCAAAAACUUCGACAAAAAUUGGAAACUCGGAUAGAGAUUGUGUCCUCAGCGAUUGACUUGAUAAAACUAGUAGCGGCCAAGGGUAAUACAAAUUUGGGAAGUGUUUUAAGGCUCACAAGAGACUUAAAAGAAGAGAUCGAUAACUUUGACAUACGAAUUACUGCAAUAACCGAUAAUUAUGUUACCAAAAAAAACGGAAGAGACUCCAUAGUAGCUGUUGAAAACUAUAUUGAGGAUUUGCUUUCGAGAAUUGAAGACUCUAUCCCCGUUAUUAAUUUAUCUCUAACAACUUCCGGAGCGAGCUUGAGCACGACGCUCCCGGACCACGUCUCACCGGGACGUCUACUCCAGGCUUCGGAAUAUAUCAAUAGGAAUAACGAGAUUUUCAAAUCUCGUGGGAAAGUUUCCCAAGUAGGACCCACUUUCGAAUUAACUAUGUUUUCAGUGUUUCAGAAUCUAGCAUCAGGAGAAAAUCAGGCCCGAGUUACAUGGAAAGAAAAUAUGAGAAAAGCUUGCUUCAGUAUUCGAAGAAGGACGAGCGACUUAAGAGAAUAUGAUUACUCCAUAGAGAUCAAGGAAAGUUUUGACGAUGGCCUUUACCAUGAUUCCAGUGAGGAAACACCCAAGUCGGUAAAUUUCGACAUAUGGCAAGUCGUCAAACUUUUUUUCACAGCUUCUGGCAAGCUGUUGAAGCUGGAAGAGCGAAAUUCGCCUGUUCUUGUCCUCAAGGUAGACAAAAACUUAAAAAGUCCUUCGGUAGAUCAUAGAGGAACCUCCACAGAGAAAAUUGAGUGGCUUGCAUUUGGCGAAUUUGAGAACGUGGAUACUCGCGGCGAAUCUGACUCAAGCUCAGAUUCCGGCUCUGACUCCGAGUCCAGUUCCUUUGUUGCAGGCCAAGGUACAAGAGACAGGGAACCUAGUUUAUUAACAAAUGAACCUGGACAGAGCGGCUCAAUUGCAUUACUCGAAUAUAUCAUUCGAUUGGCAUCAUUGCAGUGUAAUGACCAACAGAGUAUUCUUCACGUGCAUGACGAGCGCUUGUCUCUAUAUCUCAAUGACGAAAAUCCCAAUUCUAUCAAAUACAGGAAAUACAACCUUGAUGAGGUUACCGCCAAGUUAGAAGAAGUUAAAAUUGACGAUAGUCGCCAUAAUACGUAA